CAUGAAAACCCCUAUUUCACAUUCUUUGCUCUCUCUUUUACACCUUUUCAUCCUUUGCUUGUUAUGUUUUGUGGUCACAAUUGAAGCCUCAAACAAGCAAGUCUCAGCCAUGUAUGUGUUUGGAGACUCCACAGUAGACCCAGGAAACAACAACUUCAUAAACACAGCUUUCAGAAGCAACUUUCCGCCCUACGGUAUAGAUUUUGCCAACCAAGUUCCCACGGGAAGGUUCACUAAUGGGAAGCUUGGCACUGAUUUUGUUGCUUCAUAUCUUGGCCUAAAAGAGCUGUUGCCACCUUAUUUGGAUCCAAAUCUUAGCGAUGAAGACCUUCUAACAGGAGUCAGUUUUGCCUCUGCUGGUUCAGGCUUUGAUCCACUCACUCCAAUGCUGGGUAAUGUAAUUCCAAUUGCAAAGCAGGUGGAAUAUUUCAGAGAAUACAAAAAGAGGGUAGAGGGAAUGCUUGGUAAGCAAAGAACUGAAAGACAUAUGAAAAAUGCAUUAUUUUUCAUCAGCGCGGGUACAAAUGACUAUGUCAUUAACUAUUUUUCGCUGCCAAUGCGAAGAAAGAGAUACAGCGUGCCUGGCUACGGGCAGUUCUUGUUUCAACAUGUAAAAGAAUUCAUACAGAGUUUAUGGAGAGAAGGUGCUCGAAAAAUAGCUUUGGUUGGAGUACCUCCAAUGGGAUGUUUGCCAAUCAUGAUCACAUUCAAUUCCAAAAAUGUCGUUCUUGGACGUGGUUGUGUGGACAAGUAUUCUGCAGUUGCAAGAGACCACAAUCUGAUGCUUCAACAUGAAUUGUUCUUAAUGCAGCUAAAUGUUUCUAAACCUGCUGGUGCUAAGCUCUCCUACAUCGACAUAUAUGAACCUUUGGCCAACAUGAUUCAAGGGCGUGAAAAUCUUGGGUAUGACGAGGUUGAUCGUGGCUGUUGUGGAAGUGGUUUCGUCGAAGCAACGUUUUUGUGCAAUGGGGUUUCGCAUGUGUGUUAUGAUCCAUCAAAAUAUGUGUUUUGGGAUUCUAUACACCCUACGGAGAAGGCCUACUACGACCUAUUUAUGGCAGCGCGUCCCAACAUUGAUGCCCUUCUCAGCGGCUAGAUUCCUAGCUAUCGUUUUUACAUUAUACAUUAUUUUUUUGCCCUCUCAAUUUGGUUAGUU